CGUUGAAGCAGCACCACGCUCAUCUCGACCCGCCGUCAAGAUGAAGCUCAACGUUUCCUACCCCAACAAUGGCACGCAGAAGCUGAUCGAGAUCGAAGAUGAGCGCAAGCUGCGCGUCUUCAUGGACCGCCGCAUGGGCCAGGAGGUCCCCGGCGACAGCGUCGGUGACGAGUUCAAGGGCUACAUCUUCAAGAUCACCGGCGGCAACGACAAGCAGGGCUUCCCGAUGAAGCAGGGCGUCAUGCACCCGACCCGUGUGCGCCUCCUCCUGUCCGAUGGCCACUCGUGCUACCGACCCCGUCGAACCGGCGAGCGCAAGAGGAAGUCUGUUCGUGGCUGCAUUGUCGGCAUGGACCUGUCCGUCAUCGCUCUCAGCAUCGUCAAGAAGGGCGACGCCGACAUUCCCGGCGUUACCGACGUUGUGCACCCCAAGCGCCUCGGUCCCAAGCGUGCGACCAAGAUCCGCCGCUUCUUCGGUCUCAGCAAGGAAGAUGAUGUCCGCAAGUUCGUUAUCCGCCGCGAGGUUCAGCCCAAGAAGGAGGGCAAGAAGCCCUACACCAAGGCCCCCAAGAUCCAGCGCCUAGUCACUCCCCAGCGUCUGCAGCACAAGCGACACCGAAUCGCGAUCAAGCGCCGCCGUGCGGAAGCUUCCAAGGAUGCAGCCAACGAGUACGCCCAGAUCCUGCAGAAACGCCUCAGCGAGGCCAAGGCUGCCCACGAGGAGGCGAAGAAGAGGCGGGCAUCUUCGAUGAGGCAUUAGAGGAUGGAUACGAGUGCAUGAGUUUGUGGAAUGGUCCUAUGGCGUCGGCUCGAAAACACGGUGUGGGCUCUCAUCUGAAUGCAACUUCCAGGUUCUUAGGCAUGGGCAUCACGCACUAAGACUGCUCCUCAGGGCAGUUGUUCAUUGAAUCAAGAAAAUGCAUCACCUCAUGAUGUCCUUGCGCCCGCCAAUUGAUUGUAGAAUUGUAAGCUUACCGGCUGGAUACGGCUCGCGUCCCGAGCCGUGUCAUUGUGUGCGUGUAGGGUACUUUUACCAUGGGACUAUGAUCGGAUUCGUGGGACUCCAUCUAGGCACCUCAUUUCCUUCAACAUUGUUUUACCUCUUACAUAUUCUCGCUGAC